AUGAUGCGAUUUUUUCAGGUGGGUCAAAAAGUUGAUAGUGAGAAAGCCAAACAGAUUGAAGAAUUAGAGGUUGCUAAUAAAGAACUUCAACAUGAAAUAGAAGAACUUGAUAAAGCAUUACAAAAGGCAGAAGGGCUUGAUGAUCAGUUAAAAGACAAGGAAAUAGAAUGUGAAAGUUUGAAAUGUAAUCUUGAAGUAGAAAAAAGCAAAAAUGAAGAAUUGGAAUUAGAUUUAAAAGAAUUAGCAGCCCAGAAUUCUCAGUUGACUCUUGAUAUUACCCACUUUGAAAAGAGAUUAGUUGAGUUAGAAGGGAUUUUUAAACUAAAUAUAGUGACAGCUCUGCUGGUUCCUUGCAAUUUUACAUUAAAAUUUAAAUCAUUGCAUGUUUCUAUGUUAAUUUUGGAAUAA